AUGGAGCGGGCCGGCGAGAAGCGGCAUUUCUUCCCGCUCACCAGCUUGCAAAUCGGGGAUUUACAGUCAUAUCUUGCAGAACUGACAAUAUUUCUGUGCCCUCAUACCAAGAAGUUCCUUAUAUUGCUCGACAACCGCCCAUGGUUGCUAGAUCAGGAUACAAAACCUGCUCAUCUAUGGCAAUUGAUGGUUACUAAGUCAAGGUUUUCCCCUUUCGCCAAUUCUAGGAUUAGGAGAAAGAGAGAUGAAACUGAUGGAAAGCUUGUAUUCUCAACAAGCUCGGUAUCUGCUCCCCAUUUACAGAAUAAAUCUUCCAGAUGGUAUUCCUUGAUCGACGAGGCUAUGCGGGAAAAGAAGCUUCAAGUAAAUAAGUUGAAGGAUGCCCGCAUACUGAACAAGGAGCUUCAUCAGACUUUAUAUGGUUUUAUCAUUUUUGAGGUAGACUGGGCUGAUGUGCGUGGCAUCAAUUAUUUGAAUGAACUUCAGACGGAUACAUCAAUGGUUGUGGAGUCUAAAAUAAUGAAGAGAUGGGAAUUUGAUAGUGUUAAUCAAGCUUCAACAUUGAUCACUUCUUGGUUCUCAGGAAAUCCCUCUGAAUGUCAGCUCCUACAGGACUAUUUGAACAGCAUCUCUUCUAAUGGUGAUAUGUUUUAUGAUGCUCAGAAUGAUUUCUUAACACCUGAAUGGGACAGUGAGAAUUUACCAAGUGAUAGUGAUGAUUCUAGCCAUGUUCAAAUCAUCAGAGAGUCAUCAGGUUUCACAGACUCAUCUUACACCGCACCUCCUUGCUCUGGACCUUACAAGAGAAGAAAAAUAACAAAAUCAGAUGAUGGAAGUAGUUCGACUGAAGAAUCAUACACAGAAAUUGUGGCCUCGCCAACACAUUCGUCAUCUUCAUGUUCAUCGUGUGACAGUGAUAAUGAGAAAGCUAAGCCUCUAUUGGAGCCCAGCACAUAUAAGGAUGUACUAAUUUGUUUCCGCUUUGAUGAUCAUGACCUUCCAUUCAGACUGAAAGAAGUCAUACUAUCUGACGUCAGACUGUUAACACUACUUGAGUAUGGCCUUCCUUCGUGGAUUAUAUUUCUUCAGUCAUAUCCAGUGUUUUGCAAGAUAUAUCGCCCAUGGAUGUGCCCUCUUGCCAGAGCAUUGUAUGUCUUGAUGUCAUUAAUCACUGUUCUUAUAGGAUUUUAUGACCUAUACAAGAAUGUGCCCAUGUUGAAGGCAACUGCCUCAAGAUUGUUUGGCCCUUUCUUUGAUUGGAUAGAAACGUGGGAAAUGAUAUCAAGACUUAAGUAUCUUGGAACUAUGCUUUUCCUGCAUAACUUUCAGCAGGCUUUUACAUGGUCUCUUAAGAUUGUGGGUGCUGCUAAGUCUGUUCUUAGUGUUUUGACAAAGCCAAUUGCGGGACCAAUUCUGGAGGUUUUUGAACUUACCAUGCCAAUGUGGAACCUUUGUGCUGAGACAGUAGGAUAUCUCAGUUCAGUUGUCAUAGUAUCACUGGAGACGUCUUGGAGUGUAGUUAUCGGUACAGUGGAGAUGAUUAUCUGGCCAUUUUGGUUUGUCUUCAGUACUAUGAUUAGCAUUGUAAAUUCAAUUCUGUACCCUAUAAUUUGGCUCCUUGGAGAGAUACUAGCUACACCUUUCCGACUAGUCAUUGGGCUGUCAAGUUUUGUAGUGGACCUUUUUGUUGAUAUUGUCAGUGUUCUAAGGGAGAGCUGGUCAACACUAAGUGCCUUAUAUCAAGUUGGAUCUGUUCCCAGAUCACCUGUGCUUACAUCUGAUAAUAGCAUCUGGGGCUCACUGUGGAAAGAUCUUCUGUAUCAGAUUUUCCGUGCACUACGGAGCAUUUUGUAUGGUUUUGUUGCCUUCUUUUCAACAUGUAAUAGGCACCGGCUCAGCAUUUACAAUCACAUUCAAGUGUUUCUCCGGCGCAUAUCUCAUGUCUCACCUGGUGCACGGUAUACCGCUUACCGUGAUGGGACUCGGAAGUAUAGCAGCCAGAAUCAUCAUCAUAGAAGGAAAGCCAAGACGAGAUAA